CACACUUCACCCCUCCCGUUUCUUCAACCGUUACUAUUUCAGGCUAGUAGCUUGCGAAUCUCGAGAUCCAGCCCCACCCCGCCUCGCAUCACGCCCUCCGCUUUCUUGCCGUUCGCGCCGAGCCAAGCUUGCCGCCACCGGAAGGGCGGGGGGGGGGGGGGGGAGUCGCAGGGUGGUAUGCUACAAGACGGGUCCCGGGAUUGGAGGGAUCUGGUUGGUUAGUUAGACGCUCGCCGCAGCCCCUCCCGCUCCGACCGCGAGGCUCCGUCGCCGGCGAUGGCGUCGUCGGCCGGCGGCGAGUCUCAGGCGAAGCUCGUCCUCCUUCACGGCGACCUGGACCUCUGGAUCCUGGAGGCGCGCCUGCUGCCCAACAUGGACAUGUUCUCCGAGCAUGUCCGCCGCUGCUUCGCCGCCUGCCGCCUGCCCACCUCCUGCGGGCCCAAGCACGCCAGCGCUACGGCCCGGGGCGGCGGAGGCGGGCGACACCACCACCACCGGAAGAUCAUCACCAGCGACCCCUACGUGACGCUGUCCGUCGCCGGCGCGGUGGUAGCGCGCACGGCCGUCAUACCCAACAGCCAGGAACCCGUCUGGGCGGAGCGCUUCGCCGUGCCGCUCGCGCACCGCGCUGCCGAGCUCGAGUUCCAGGUCAAGGACGACGACACGUUCGGCGCGCAGCUCAUCGGCACGGUCUCCGUCCCCGCCGACAUCGUCGCCCGAGGCGACGAGGUCGAGGAUUGGUUCCCCGUCAUUGGGACCAACGGCAAGCCGUACAAGCCCGACACCGCGCUGCGCCUCCGCUUCCGGUUCCACCCCAUCGCCACCGGCGACCCCGAGCGCAAGGGCAUCAAGGACUCCUACUUCCCGCUCCGCCACGGCUGCCGCGUGACGCUGUACCAGGACGCGCACGUCAAAGAAGGGCACCUGCCGGAGAUCGAGCUCGAGAAUGGGAGGAUGUUCGAGCACAACGCUUGCUGGGAGGACAUCUGCCACGCCAUCCUAGAGGCGCACCACAUGAUAUACAUCGUCGGUUGGUCGGUGUACGACAAGGUACGGCUCGUGCGUGAGCCGUCGCCAUUGCGGCCAUUGCCUGAGGGUGGCAACCUUACGCUUGGAGAGCUGCUCAGGUUCAAGUCGCAGGAGGGCGUCAGAGUGUGCCUGCUCGUGUGGGAUGACAAGACUUCGCAUGACAAAUUGUUCAUCAAGACGGGCGGAGUUAUGGCAACACAUGAUGAAGAAAUUCGGAAGUUUUUCAAGCAUUCCUCAGUCAUCUGUGUUCUUUCCCCUCGAUAUGCGAGCACUAAGCUGAGCGUUUUCAAACAACAGGUUGUUGGGACUUUGUUUACGCACCAUCAAAAAUGUGUUCUGGUUGAUACACAAGCCUGUGGAAACAAGCGGAAAAUUACAGCUUUCAUUGGAGGACUAGAUCUUUGUGAUGGGCGCUAUGACACACCUGAACACAGGCUAUUCAAAGAUCUGGACACAGUAUUCGAAAAUGAUUAUCAUAACCCUACAUUUUCGGCAGGUGCAAAGGGACCUAGACAACCAUGGCAUGAUUUACAUUGCCAGAUUGAUGGUCCAGCUGCCUAUGAUGUCUUGAAAAAUUUUGAGCAACGCUGGCGAAAGGCAACAAAAUGGCACGAACGGUUUAGAAGAGUAUCUCACUGGAAAGAUGAUGCUCUAAUUAAGCUGGAGCGUAUCUCAUGGAUAAUUAGCCCUUCACCUACUGUUCCAAAUGAUCAUACUAGUUUGUGGGUUUCAAAAGAAGAAGAUCCUGAAAAUUGGCAUGUUCAGGUAUUCCGGUCAAUUGACUCUGGCUCUCUAAAAGGAUUUCCUAGUGAUUUCAAAGAAGCUUCAAAGCAGAAUCUUGUGUGCCGAAAGAACCUCAUAAUUGAUAAGAGCAUCCACACCGCAUAUGUCCGGGCAAUCAGAUCUGCACAGCAUUUCAUUUAUAUCGAGAAUCAAUACUUUCUUGGUUCUUCAUAUGCUUGGCCGUCCUAUGUGAAUUCAGGUGCUGACAAUCUGAUACCAAUAGAGUUGGCCCUCAAAAUUGCAAGUAAGAUUAGAGCCGGAGAACGCUUUGCAGUGUAUGUAGUGAUACCAAUGUGGCCUGAAGGAAUCCCUACUACAGCCUCUGUGCAAGAAAUCCUUUACUUUCAGGCCCAGACAAUGGAGAUGAUGUAUAGAAUAAUUGCAGACGAACUCAAGGCCAUGAAUAUUGAGGAUAUGCAUCCUCAAGAUUACUUGAACUUCUUUUGUCUUGGCAAUCGGGAAGAAUCAUCAUCAAAUGGCAGCCCGGAAUCAGAUAAAUCUUCAGAUAAAAGUGCAGUGGCCUUAGCUACAAAAUACCGGCGAUUCAUGAUCUACGUCCAUGCAAAAGGGAUGAUUGUGGACGAUGAAUAUGUCAUUUUAGGUUCAGCAAACAUCAACCAGAGAUCCCUGGCUGGUUCUAGAGAUACUGAAAUUGCAAUGGGCGCGUACCAGCCUCAUCAUGCAUGGUCUACAAAGGGGAGGCACCCUCACGGCCAGAUAUAUGGAUAUAGAUCGUCUCUUUGGGCGGAGCACCUUGGAAUGGUUGAUGAGCGCUUCAAGGAUCCUUCGAGUUUGAACUGUGUAAGGUUUGUGAAUCAAAUAGCAGAAGAGAACUGGAAAAGGUUUACAGAUGAAGAAAUGAGAACAUUACAAGGGCACCUCCUCAAGUACCCAGUAAAGGUGGAGACUGAUGGUAAAAUCGGCCCACUGCCAGACCAAGAAUGCUUUCCUGACGUUGGCGGCAAGAUUCUGGGAGCUCCAACUUCACUUCCUGAUUCACUGACCAUGUAGCGUUUCAUACCAAAAUUGACCUGUUCAGAGUAGAAGCUGCUUUAUAUCCACCUGUAGACUUUGUGAUCGUCUUAAUUUGGCGGGAAUGCCGGAGAAUUGUACCAUAUAUGUAAUCAUCAUACUAUGGCGUAUGGAAAGCUCAAGGUGUUAGCUGUGUUUGUAGAGUAAUGCUUCUGUAAGUUUUUCCUACAUUCGUAAAUGAAUCAUAUGAUAGGAUCCUUGACAGUUGCCAGAUUAUACAACUGUGUUGUUAAGGUCU